AUACGCCCCCAACUUCGAAUUUAAACAAUAAUUAACGACGGCGUUUUGAACAGCAUAUUUAGAAUGGGUGCUUUAUAUUUAAAUACACACGCGCAGUGUAGUCCGUUAAAAUGUUAGUUUCAGAAAAAGUGAAGAAGUUUGAAAAGAAAAAGAGAUUAUUUGGCAACCUCAGCAGUCAUCUCGUCAGCUGACCAGCGCGUAGGCAGUAGGCACUGGCAGCGCCAGCAAAGGCAUAUGCAACAAAGCAUUUAGAUCUGAGGUAUAAUUUUAAUAAGCAAAUAUGAGCUCUGUGCAGUAUUCCAAACGCUUCAGUGAUGAGCAGUACAAAAACUGGUUAAAAACCACCGAGAGUCUUUCAAUACUGAGGACUCAUAUGCGGGACUUCAUUGAACAGGAAACCGAAACUUAUCACAGCUCUCUGCGAAAUAAACAGGCUCUCAAAGGAUUGACCUGCGACAGAAACUGCAGUUUUAAGAAGAAUAAGAAUAAGCAGGUACCUCUGUGCAACUUGUGUACUAAAUGGAGAAAUGAGAUUUCAGCCAAUCACACUAAAAAAACUAUUAUGUACUUGGACAUAAACUGCCAACCAUGUCUAUGGCCUACAAAUAAAUGGGAAGCUGCUAAAGCAUAUAUGCCACGUGGGCAUGAUAAGCAUGGUACAUUUGAAGAGUUUGAUGUUGCUGCUAUUUUGAACUUAAUGCGUUCCUGCAAACACUUCAGUGGCAUCCCAGAUUCUUGUCUGCAAGGUGUACUAAAGGUACGCAACAGCGCAAUGCACUCACCUGACUUCAAAAUGAGCAGUGCAGACAUGGAAAAAAAUCUUGUCAAGGUCCUGGAGAUGGCUAGGAAGCUUGAAGCAAGAUUCCCAGAACUGAAAAACUUGGAGAAAGACUUGGAGAAAGAUAUAAAACAGUUCAACAACAUUCUGGACAAGAAUUUCAGUCAGGACUCGCAGUGUGAGGUCGAUGGCAAACAAGACGACAUUGAGAACCUGAAAGAGAUCCAGAAAGUUCUGGACCGGGAGCAACAAGCCAUGAAGGAAAAGUUGGAAGGGUUUCUCUUGCACUUCGAGGGGAACAAUGAAGAAAGUGUCAAAGAACAAUCACAGGAUUUUCUGGACUUUCUGGACCAAAACAAAGAUCUCCUUGAGAACUUGGCCCCACAGGUCGACAAACUUAAAGAGAUGCAAGAGAAAGUUGAUCAACACGAGCAUCAGCUCACCGACCUGAACGACAGAGUGGACUAUCUGGAGCAGGUGGCAACUGAUCCAGUCUUACCUGACAACCCCCUCAGAUUCAAGAAUCAUCUUUAUGAAUUUUGCCGUAAAAACCAUUGGCCAGAGCCAAAGUUUACAGAAGAGCGAAAAGCCGGCGGUUAUAAGGGUAUGGUGGAAGUGAAUGGACAAACAUUUCAGGGCAAAACGGUGCGUAACAGCAUAAAGACUGCCCAUCAGGAUGUAGCACACAUUGCUCUUGAAUACCUGGAGUCAGAGGUUGAUACCACAGAACCACAAACAGCAUUAACGUCGACUGAGAUCUCCGGUUCAUCUUCCUCAGGGACCCACUUUGGUAAAGUGACUGUGGUUCUCGAUCAAGAAUUUACUGGUGGACGCUUUUUAAAAGAGGAGGAAGCUGUUGAAUCAGCUUAUGAGGAUUUAUGGAAACAGUUGCAAGGUGUUAUGGGUCCAGUGAAAGAUCAAACAUACAGGUUGGCAAUCCUGGAUUAUUUCAACAAACUUGAUUUCCCAAUACCAACAGUACAGUUUACUCAGAAUGAUGACAACACAACCAUCUGUAAACUCAGACUCAGCGGCUCUUUUACUUUUCAUGACACAGUUGGCUCCAGCAAGAAGAGACAGGCAGAGCAACAAGCAGCUGAAGUUGCUGUGAAACAUCUGUCAAAGAUCCUCAACUGUGGUCCAAUAUCAGACACUGAGAAAAACUUCAAAGGUCUCCUAAAGGAGUGUCUAGAAAACCUGCAUCUCAAAGCUGCUGAGUAUGACACUGAAAGAGGUCCAAGUGGAACCAGACCAGAACCUUCAAGCCUUUGUGCAUCAGUAAAACGGCCUUCAGACCUGGAGUCUGAAAGCAUCUCUACAGCAUCUCCGCUGCCAUCACGUCCGAGUCAUGAGUCAGUCAGUGGUCCUGUUCCUGUAUCACUGGACCCUCAAGAUUCAAGUUCUUCAGCUUCACAGAGAAAAAAGGCCAAGAUUGAUACUUCAGGGAUCACCUUCUUUGGUAAAGUGACUGUUUUCCUUGAACGAGAAAUUGUAUCGGAUGGAGGAUGUUCAGAAGAGGAAGCAAGUGAAUCAGCUUAUAAAGCUUUAUGGCAACAGUUAUGCAUUAAUGCUUCAAUUGAAGGUAAGACAUACAAGUCCACAAUCCUGGAUUAUUUCAAAGAAAAUGAUUUCCAGAUGCCAGCAGAAGAGUUUUAUCAAAAUGAGGACAACACAACCAUCUGUAAACUCCGACUCACUGGCCCUUUUACCUUUCAUGACACGGUCGGCUCCAACAAGAAGAGACAGGCAGAGCAACAGGCAGCUAAAGUCGCUGUGAACCAUCUGUCAAAGAUCCUCAACUGUAAUCCAGUACCAGACACUGAGAACUUCAAAAGUCUCCUAAAGGAGCGUCUAGAAAACCUGCGUCUCAAAGCUGCUGAGUAUGACACUGAAGAAGGUCCAAGUGGAACCAGACCAGAACCUUCAAACUCAUCUAUCAUUCAGGCAACAGUAAAACAGCCUUCAAACCAGGAGGAGUCUGAAAGCAUCCCUACAGCAUCUCAGCUGCCAUCAUGUCAGAGUCAUGAGUCAGUCAGUGGUCCUGUUCCUGUAUCAUUGGACCCUCAAGAUUCAAGUUCUCCAGCUUCACAAAGGAAAAAGGCCAGGAUUGAUACUUCAGAAAUUGAUCUGCUGCUUACUGUAUGGAAUCUCAAACCACCACAUGUGAAAGUUGAGAACAUCCAAUAUGAUGAAAAUUUCAAAUGCACCGUGGAAAUCAACUUGGAAAACUUUACUUUCACGAACAAAAAAGGCUACGACUCUAAGAAGGAAGCUAUUCGAAUAACUUACCUGUUAUUCGGCAGUAAAAUGGGAAUUUUUGAAUCUGGCACAGCAGAUGAAAAGACAGCCAGUGCUCAGGUGAAGCAGCAUUUCUCCCAGAAAUCUCUUCCUCUUCCUCAGGAAGAUGUUGAAGGUUCCUCAAAACCAUUUUGUUGCUCAAUAAAGAACAUAAGUUACAAGGUUGUCUAUGAAGAACAAGGAUCUUCAGAGAUCGAAGCCAAGCUACAUGCUCUCCAGAAAGCCCUCAGUUCACUGUCACCUCUGUUUGAUUUUCCUUCACUAACUGGAGCUAAUAGUCUUGAAGAUGUGGAGAAUCAACUGAGCUUCAUGCUGAAAGGGGCUGGUCAGAAAGAUCCAGUGAUCUCGCUGCACGGGCCGCUGGUGAAGACCUCCAUCCAGCUGUGUUUUACUGAUCAUACAGUCAAGUGUACAUGCAAAAACAGCAAAAAAGCUGCUCGUAAUCAUCUCAGUUUACGUAUACUGAGCCUGCUAGGAGAGAAGACAGAUUCAGGGAGCACAUCUGUGAGAAACUGUUUAGAUGAUUGGUUUAAACAGAAGAAUCUACCACAGCCUGUGUUUGAGGACACAGAAGAAGCCCUCGGAGCGAAAGCUACUUUCUCUGUUCAGUUCACCUGCUGUAAUCCAGCUUGGGAAGACAACUGGGACACAGCAAAGAAGAAGCUGGUUGAAGAACUCAAGCAGAGAUUUCAGUUUCUCAACGACUAAAGCACUGACAAUCUAUAUUUCAAUGGACACAAAUGUCCUGUAUGUCUAACUCUUACUGUACUAGUGGUGGGAUUGCAAUUACUGUAUGUUUUCAAGUGGUGGGAUUUUUAAAUUUUAAAUUAUGGUAAAACUUUACAGACUGCACUGCAAAAAAUGAUUUUCAAGGAAAAAAAUCUUAGUAUUUUUGUCUUGUUUUCAGUAAAAAUAUCUGAAAAUUCUUAAAUUAAAAUGCUUUUUCUUGAUGAGCAAACGACCCAAGAAAAUAAAUCAAGUUUUUGGACCAAAAAUAUCAAAUUUAAGUGAUUUUUGCAUAAAACAAGCAAAAAAAAUCUGCCAAUUUUUAACAUUUUUUUAAACACUAAAUUCAAGAAAAAUUAGCUUACCCCAUUGGCAGUUUUUUUUUGCUUGUUUGCUUGUUUUAUGCACAAAAUCACUUAAAUUUGAUAUUUUUGGUCUAAAAACUAGACUUAUUUUCUUGGGUCGUUUUGCUCAUCAAGAAAAAGCAUCUUAAUUUAGGAAUUUUUAGAUAUUUAUAUUGAAAACAAGACAAAAAUACUAAGAAAAUGUUUUCUUAAAAAUUAUUUUUUGCAGUGUGGUUGCUGAGCUAUAGCAAUUGUGUCAAGCCCUAUUCCCCUCGAUGAAUGAAAUUUUAAAGAAACACAACUGUACAUUUCUAAAAUGUACACCAAAGGUAUUUAUCCAUUCCAGUGUCAUCAACAGCACUAUAAUGCAUCAUAUACUGGUGCUGAAAAUUUGAUAUACUGAAAUGCAGCAGUUGCACUGAUCUAUUUUUAGACAAAAGUGUUUAGGUAGAAAUUUUGCAAAGUGUAUUUGAUGAGUAAUUAUGCAUAUAAUGCAUUUUGCUAUUUAAAAAUUAAUGUAAAUUCUGAAAUAUGAACUUUGAUCUCCAUUGCUCAUUAAUUGUGGAUUGUGCAAUUUUGUUUGUUUACUAAAUAUAUAAAAGUACUAUUAAAUAAAGUGAUUUAUAUUGCAGCAUAAAA